CCCGAAACGGUGGCGGCGGUUUGUGGUCGUUGGUCCCGGGGCUUUUGGAGUAACACGACGAGACCCGAAGGGGAAUAGCAACCAUGAAUGAAGAAAAUUUAGACGGAACAAAUGGAUGUAGUAAAGUUCGAACUGGUACUCAGAAUGAGGCAGCUUUACUUGCUUUGAUGGAAAAGACUGGUUACAGCAUGGUUCAAGAAAAUGGGCAAAGGAAAUUUGGUGGUCCUCCUCCAGGUUGGGAAGGUCCACCUCCACCUAGAGGCUGUGAAGUCUUUGUAGGAAAAAUACCUCGUGACAUGUAUGAAGAUGAAUUAGUUCCUGUAUUUGAAAGAGCUGGCAAGAUAUAUGAAUUUCGACUUAUGAUGGAAUUUAGUGGUGAAAAUCGAGGUUAUGCUUUUGUGAUGUAUACCACAAAAGAAGAAGCACAGUUGGCCAUCAGAAUUCUUAAUAAUUAUGAGAUUCGACCAGGGAAAUUUAUUGGUGUGUGUGUAAGCUUGGAUAAUUGUAGGUUAUUUAUUGGAGCUAUUCCCAAAGAAAAGAAGAAGGAAGAAAUUUUGGAUGAAAUGAAGAAAGUCACAGAAGGAGUUGUAGAUGUCAUUGUUUAUCCAAGUGCAACUGAUAAGACAAAAAAUCGUGGUUUUGCUUUUGUUGAAUAUGAAUCUCAUAGAGCUGCAGCUAUGGCUAGGAGAAAACUAAUUCCAGGAACAUUCCAGCUGUGGGGCCAUACCAUUCAAGUAGAUUGGGCUGAUCCAGAGAAAGAGGUGGAUGAGGAAACCAUGCAAAGAGUUAAAGUUCUCUAUGUAAGAAAUUUAAUGAUUUCAACUACAGAGGAAACAAUUAAAGCAGAGUUCAACAAGUUCAAACCUGGUGCAGUUGAGAGAGUAAAGAAACUUAGAGAUUAUGCAUUUGUCCACUUUUUCAACCGAGAAGAUGCUGUGGCUGCUAUGUCUGUUAUGAAUGGAAAGUGCAUUGAUGGAGCAAGUAUUGAAGUAACACUGGCAAAACCAGUAAACAAAGAAAAUACGUGGAGGCAGCACCUUAAUGGUCAAAUUAGCCCAAAUUCUGAAAACCUGAUUGUAUUUACUAACAAAGAAGAGAGCCACCCCAAAACUCUAGGCAAACCUCCAACUCUUCCAGCUCGUCUCAAUGGCCAGCAUAGCCCAAGCCCCCCUGAAAUUGAAAGAUGCACAUAUCCAUUUUUUCCUGGAACAAAGCUUACGCCAAUUAGUAUGUAUUCAUUAAAAUCCAAUCAUUUCAAUUCUGCAGUAAUGCAUUUAGAUUAUUACUGCAACAAAAAUAAUUGGGCACCGCCAGAAUAUUAUUUAUAUUCAACAACAAGUCAAGAUGGAAAAGUACUCUUGGUAUAUAAAAUAGUUAUUCCGGCUAUUGCAAAUGGCUCCCAGAGCUACUUCAUGCCAGACAAACUCUGCACUACAUUAGAGGAUGCAAAGGAACUAGCAGCCCAGUUUACAUUGCUUCAUUUGGACAGGGAACACAAUCUCUUCAGCCUGGACCUAUGUAGAAGAAUUUGGAGAAAAUAAACAGGUCCUUUCUGAUGUUGCUUGAGCUUGAGCUUACUCUUCUGCAGUUGAUCCCAUUCGUGUUUGCUAUAUAUUAAGUCCCAUGACAAAAGUAGAGUAAUGUUCAGAUCUUUUAGGCCUUUAAUGUGGUACCAGGCAAUAUAGAAAAAAAUGUACCUGUACAUUGGAUGAUCUAAUUCCUUUUCUUCUAUUUAUCAAAAACACUACAGAUUUUAUAGAUAAUCGUUUUGUAGUCAUUGUCACAUCUGUGGCUUUACUCUAAAGAACAUAGUUGAGUUUUUGGAAAGUACAGGAUUUACAAAAUUUGGUCUCUUAAUAUUCAUACAUAUGGAUAUUAUAAUUAAUGAAGCAGGAAAUUAUUGGUAUAUAAAAUGAAUAUUGUGGAAGUAAUAUUUCAAACAUAAUUGGUUUUUAAAAAUAAUUUGGUUUAGAUAUUUGGAUUUUCUGUACGAUAAGUUGAUAAUGGUUUUUUGAAGUUUAUUUUAUAAAGAUGGACUAGUCCUUUUACUGUUUUAUGAUACCAGUAGUAUUCUAAUGUUAAAUUUGUGUGUUAAGUUGUAUAAAUGUUUAUAUUAGUAUUUAAAUAAUGAAAUAUCGGGCGGUUAGUUUACACCAAAUGUUUUUGCAGUCUAGGGUAGAUGUUUCUGCUGGUUUGACGCCUAGUACACUUUCAAAAGAAAUAGAAAUAUGAAUUCGCUGUUUUAUCAUUCUCCAUGAAUGUUCCUUAAUGUCAGAACAAAAAUUAAAAGAAGCCCAUUGUAGAACAUGAGAAAUCAGAAGUUGUCUUUUUUUUAAUUAAAAAAUGCAAAACAAUAGAUAUCUAAGAAUGCAUUCUAGUAUUUAAGAUCUCUGAAGCAUUAUGUCAUAAAAAGUAGUAUCAACUGAUUUGCAAUGGCAGUGAAUGCUGAAACGAUCUUUACCAGCAUUAGAAUAUUAUCACGACUUUGAAUGUUAGAACAUUAUGUUAAACUGUGAUUAGAGUUUUAAUGCUUUGUCUCUUUCAAUUAAAUUUGUGUCCACAAAGAUGUGCAGCAUAAUUGUUCAUGUAUUUAUUUACAGACUACAAUUUCCGUCGCAGCUCAAUAAAUAGUCUUUCCCCUGUUAGUGCCACCCUCUCUUCUGGGACUCCCAGCGUGCUUCCUUAUACUUCAAGGCCUUAUUCCUAUCCAGGCUAUCCCUUGUCACCAACCAUAUCACUUGCUAAUGGCAGCCAUGUUGGACAGCGACUAUAUAUCUCCAAUCAGGCCUCAUUCUUCUGAAGAAAAUAUUGUAAACAUUACUAUGAAAGUUUCUUUGUAAAGGAUGCAAAUUAAAAUUCUGUUCUACUUUAGAAUCGGAUUUCCACAUUUGGUUUUAAAGAGAUAAAUAUGUAUUUAUUCCAAGAUAGUAACUGACAGCCAUAAUUCAGAGUAACCUGUGGUUCUUGAGCUUAUAUAAAUGCACAGUUUAAAAAGUUAUUCAAUGGCUUCACUUGAGAACGGUGCAACAAACUACUAUUCUUUUUAAACUUGGAAUUUUAAAUACUUCUGGUUUCUACAUGAGCAGUAGAAUCCAGUAAAUUUGUUAAAUUUCUGCAUAAUAACUUUGCUGACUAGCGUUUCACUAAUAUUAAAGCACCUGCAGACAGUGGUUAUGCUAGAUUUGAUUACUAAGGAUCACUAUCUGAUUCGAGAUUAAAACAAUGAUCGCAUCUAUUAUGCAGAAAGAAAUGAAGGGCAAGAGAUUAAGAUGCAUAUUUUUGCACAGUAUUAAAGUAGCAUUCUACCAUUGUGGUCCUUGAACAUAACUAAAAAUAUUUUGGUUAUUUGUUAAUAGAAAUAAAUGAUACUUUUGCUGUUAAUGUAUUUAAGGUUUUUAUAGUUAUGCUUCAUUUAUGUUUUUGAUAUUCACUGUAUAGUUGUUUAAUAACUGUUAAUGUUUUUUAAUGUUGAAAUCAUGUGUUGUUUAAUUUUGUACUUGAAUUCAAAUUCUUUGACAUUAAAUAUAUGAUGC